GCGUCACAAUUGGACACGGCUUUAGCAGUUUCGGGGAAAUAUAACAGGUUCACCAUGACUAAAACUUGGAUACCACUAUUUAAAUGCCUGAUUGAAUUUAUGCGCUCGAAAUACUGAUUAUGUGUAAUAAUUGAGUAAAGUAUCUUCAGCUGCAAUUCCAAGUUACUUGCAUAGUAAAUUCGACAAUUGCUUCAGUUCAUCAGGUGAUGAGCGGUUGGGUUUUGUAAAAGAUUUGUGGUAAGUAAUAUAUAUGGAUAAAAGCUGGAUGAAUGAGCCUAAGUCAAGCACCACAUUUUUGAAAGGGUUAGGUGAAUUCCUUGAUGUUGAAUGCGAUAAUAGUGCAAAUGCUAGUAACUGUAUUAAAUGCCCCUGUGUCAUGUGCGUGAAUAAUGUGUGGUUAACACGUGACGCGGUGACCGAGCACACAGUCUGCAAUGGCAUUAUGCAUGGAUAUGACGCCUUGCUUGCCCAUGCCACCUCCGAGGUUCAUAAAGAAGUUGCACAAGUAGGAAUAUGGGGAACAAAAUCAAAAGGUUCUCCACAAAAUCGCUGGUCUUUUCGACUUGACAAUAAUCACAAGCUAAAGAAGAUAACUAUAGAUCAUGGUGUUCUAAUAUAUUCCCUCAUGUUAACUUCUGAAGAUAGCAAAGGAUGUUUGCAUGAUUCUGAAAAAGCAGGUGGUUGGAAUGGUGGAGACCAAAUUCAUGAGGUUACAUUUGAUCCUGAUGAGGAGAUAGUUGGCAUUAAUGGAACCGUUGAUGUAUCAACAGGGGUCUAUUCUGGUUACACUAUUAUAGCAUCGUUGUCUUUCAUAACCAACAAACGGACUCAUGGGCCUUUUGGUCAGACAACAGGGACACCUUUUAUAGUACCAUGGAACAAAGGCUCUUUUGCUGGAUUUUAUGGUCUUGCUGGUUAUUAUAUAGAUGGCAUAGGUGUCUAUUUAAAGGCUUCUCAAAACACUGCACGAGUUGGACUAUGGGGAACGGAGUCUAGUACUGAUCCUCAAUAUCGAUGGUCGUUUUGUCUAGAGAAAAAUCAUAAGCUCACAAAGAUAACAAUAGAUCAUGGUGAUAUGAUAUCUUCCCUCAUGUUCACUAGCGAAGAUUGUAUGGGUUAUGUCCAUGUUUCUAACAAGGCUGGUGGUUAUAAUGAUGGAUCCACAAUAUCCGAGGUUAACCUUGCAUGGGAUGAGGAUAUAAUUGAAAUUUCUGGAACGUUUGGAGUCUCAUCGGGGGCGUAUGCCCAGGAGACCAUAUCAUCGCUGUCUUUUGUUACAAACAAAAGGAGUCAUGGACCUUUUGGAUGUGCAAGAGGGACGCAUUUUUCUGUGCCCUGGCAAAAAGGUUCAUUUGCAGGAUUUUAUGGCAUUGCUAGCUACUAUAUUGAUGGUAUCGGUAUUUAUUUGAGAGCUAUUAAGAGCAUCGACAAUAAGAGUUUAAUAAAAGUUGAAUAGAUGAUAACUAGGACUGAAUAGAUGUUUAAUGGAGUAUGAAAGAUGAGAUGGAGAAGAAUUGAAUGAGAGAGUUGUAUGAUCAUUGAGUGGUUCAAUAGAUUUAAUCUUUUCUUUCCAAUUAAAUUUCAAACCAAAUAUAGAAUUCCAUUAAACUUUAUAGAGUUUAAUGGAGUGUGGAUGUUAAAGAGUAUAGUGAAUAAAAAGUGAAAUGUUGAUGUGGCAGUGAUGUGAUACUCCAUUCAACUCCAUAUAAUUCAA